AUUCUUGAGUAUCUUGCCGAUCGCUCCAUCCUGGAUCCACUUCAAACGGGCUUUCGUCCCUCAAAUAGUACUCAGACUGCCCUCCUUAAACUGACGGAUGACAUACGUACUGGAAUUGACAGGCGACAGUUGACCAUGCUCAUUCUGUUCGAUUUCAGCAAGGCGUUCGACUCAGUGUGUCAUGUACUGCUCCUUGAGAAGCUUGUCAGCUAUGGCUUCUCGUCAGCAGCUGUCAGAUGGAUAGCAUCCUAUCUCAGUGGUCAUUCCCAAGCGACGCUGGGAGGCUCGAGUGCUUUUUAUUUUCGUAUAUUAAAGAUAUAUUUACCUAUCUACACUGAUAAUGUUAUAAAAGUCGUGAUCAAAAUAGUUCACCAAGAGAAACUUUGGAAAUGGGAAGAUCUUUGUCAAUAUAUUAUUCAGGGUCUUCUCAAUUGUGGAAUCAAUCAAAAUAAAAUUAUCGAUGGUUUAUUUAAUAAAACACAAUGCAAAAGAACAUCUUUGAAAGACAUCCGCAAAAUUAUGCGCAUCUUGUAUACAAUCCUGGAAGACCAUUCGUGGGUUAAUGAUCAAGAUACUGAAACUGCCAUUAAAAGAUUAUUAACACUAUACCACAAUAGUCUCAACCAUUGUUUUGACGAAAAGCAACUAAUACUCAAAAACAGUUUUGAAAUUUGUUUACUGAAUGCUAUCAAACAUCUUUCCGAUUGGCAUCUAAUCUCAAUCCUCUCAGAAAUAAGCUUAUGGGCCUUGGAAAAGCAAUCGCAUGAUGAUGCAAUAAUUUUAGAACUUGCAAAUAUUUUAGAAUUCGCUGCUCAGUCUUACGAAUUGGAUAUAUUCGAGAAUACUCUAGCAAAAGAAUUAUUGAUUCUCCUCUUAAAAAUGAUAUCUUCACCGAAUUCAUCAGUGAGUCUCGUAGGAAACCGAGUGCUCCAAAAUCUCAUUGACAGAAAGCGCAAUAAAUUGCAAUUUCAGGCAUUGAAAUUGUUCUUCGAGAAUACGGAUUACGAUAUAGAAAUAAAUAAAGACAGACGAAAUGACCAAGAUUUUUUUAAAGAGCACCGAGACCUCAUUCAUGAAAGUUUUCUGCAAUGUGUAAUGAAUCACUGUACAUCAAGAAUAAACCUUGAAGCCAUUUACUGUACAAUUUGUUUGAUAGCGGUAGAGGUUCCUUGUGGAUUCACUGCGGCAGCUUUGUCUUGUCUCUUAAUGAACAUUCAGGAUUUAACUCUAGAGCACUUGGAUGCUACUCAUUCCGUGACUUAUCAUGUUCAUGCAAUGAUAUUGGCAAUAAUGACAUUGAUCUGUUGGAUUCACAAAGCAAAAGUGUUUUAUGCGUAUGUCAACAAAGUUUUGAUGGAACGAGCCCAAUGGGCCCCGCAUUUAAAUCCGCCCUUAGCAACACAUUACGACUUAGCAAUACAUCAUGUUCUCUGGGAUAAACCUGAACUAUUUUUCGUCGACUGGGAAGUGCGUUUUGGACUUUGGAAAUGCUUUCGUCUACAAACAGAGGAGGAUUAUAAUAAAAGUUGA